CUCGAGAAAUAACCUGAAAAUGUCUGGACGUGGAAAGACCGGAGCCGGAAAGGCCAGAGCAAAGGCAAAGAGCCGUUCAUCCCGUGCCGGACUCCAGUUCCCCGUCGGCCGUGUCCACAGGCUGCUGAGGAAGGGAAACUACGCUCAGCGUGUCGGUGCCGGAGCUCCGGUGUACCUGGCCGCCGUGCUGGAGUACCUCACCGCUGAGAUCCUGGAGUUGGCCGGAAACGCCGCCCGUGACAACAAGAAGACCAGAAUCAUCCCCCGCCAUCUGCAGCUGGCCGUCCGCAACGACGAGGAGCUGAACAAACUGCUGGGUGGAGUCACCAUCGCUCAGGGAGGCGUCCUGCCCAACAUCCAGGCCGUCCUGCUGCCCAAGAAGACCGAGAAGGUCGCCAAGAAGUAAAUACCCGGAUCCGACUUGAACACAACACAACGGCUCUUUUAAGAGCCACACACUCCUAACUAACGAGACAGUUCCUCUUGAUUAUCAGUGACUAUUACUGAAAGUUAUCAAUGAUAUGAAUAACAGCCACUAUAUAUAAAUACUUUAUUUAUCCUGAGUAUCCCUUAUGUGUGUUUCCAGUAGUAAACAAUAAACCUACAAUGAGAAACUCAUAACACAGUGAACUGUGCAGAUGGAGGCAGGAUUUGUCCUUUAUCCUCCUUCCUCUAACUAGGAGCUGUUGCAGUCUGCCACUGAAUAAACGCUAAAUAAGGAACACAUUAACAUUGUUUACAGAAACUGGUAGCUGGGAGAACUAUUAACAGUGUAUAAAAAGUCAGGAAACUUUAAAGAAACAGUUUGAAUAUAAAAUUUGCUAAAAUGAACUUAGUCUUUGAGUAGACUAGCAUGUAACUAAUAAUAGCAUCACCAUGAUUUAUAGGAACAAAGA